AGCGGCCUCAUCCCUUGUCUCCCCUUAUCUUAUCUCCCCCUCCCUCUUGCUCCGCUUCACUCUCCCGACCUCAACCAAAAAAAAAAAACAAAAAAAAAAGAAAGAAAAGAAAUGGCGGCAACUCUCUCCUCAGCUAUAUAUCUCAUCUCCUCCCCUCCCUCUUCUUCCUCCCAAACCCUAAAAUUUCCUUCCAGAUCCCUCUCCUUCGCCUCCCACCGCCGCCCAACAUCCACCGCCAUCCCUCUGGCCUCCACUGCCACCGCCUCCGCCGAUCCCAAGAUCGAGGACCUAGGCACCCAACUCCACCCUCACCUCUGAAGAAAGCACCUCCACCUCGUCGACUACGCUCGCAAGGACCGCCUCGGCGUCUCCGCCGGCCCGCAUUCUGCGCCCCGCCGCCGCGCCGCUCCCGCAGCUUAUACCGAACGCGCAGGCGCUGUCCGCGUCGGGAGAAAUAAGACGGAGUUCGAUGUGGUUAUUGGAGAGGUCCCGAGCAAUGCUAGGAUUGCCACGAUUAAGGUGGUUAGGGCAUUAACGAACCUGGCGCUGAAGGAGGCCAAGGAUUUGAUCGAGGGGCUGCCGAAGAAAUUCAGGGAGGGGAUUUCAAAGGAGGAGGCCGAGGACGCUAAGAAGCAGCUGGAGGGGGUUGGGGCCAAGAUAUCCAUUGUCUGAGGAGAGGCUUUGAUGGCUAGGUUUGUCAAAGGUGUACGAUCAGAUUUGUUAGUAGCAGAUAGAGACCACCAAUGAACUCCCAGAUGGGUGAUGAUGGAAGAUGAUCGCCGUACGGCCUCCUUUUCCCCCCUUUUUCGUUGUCAAAUGUGUCUGUAUUAAUUCUGAAACUGAGGAAUUUUUGCUCCUUUCAUCACGCUUCUGGUACUAAUGUAUCCAUAUGUUCUCUUAACUUCCUUUUCAAACAUCUUUUCUAUAUCACCAUUCUGCAACGAGGGAUACAAAAGUUACUGAUAUUAGCGUA